AUGUUGAACAGAAUCAACAAAUCCCGUAUUUGCAAAUCUUCUUUCAUUCCAAAAAGUACCCAAGAUCGAGAUCUCUUAAUUUCCUAUCUUUUGGAAAAUUUUAUUGAAAUGCUCAUCUAUUCCUAUUGCAAGAGGCAUAGUUUCAGAUCCUGCAAGGUAUUUCCCGAAGACUCUUCUCGUUGCAUCGAAUGCGUUUGA